AUGGUUGUCAAAACUGCCCUAAAAGACCAAUGGGUGAAUGAGGGAAGAUUCUCCAUCUUUGAUGACACUAGUGGAGGACUCUUCACCGUGAUCUUCAGAGAACUCACCACUGAGGAUUCAGGGAAAUACAUUUGUGGUGUGAAAAGGGCCACCAGUGACAAACGUGUAGCGGUUGACCUGACUGUGCCAACAGGUUGGUGCUGUGAACAGACUACAAACGUCACCAGCUUCUCAGAGGGAGGGACUGCAGACAUCACCUGCCCUUACCCAGUGGGCUACGAGGACCAGGAGAAGUUCUUCUGCAAGGGGGAGCACCACCACGACUGUGCUGAUCUCAUCUCCAUCAACGAGACUGGUGUCUGGGCAGAGAAUGAGAGGGUGUCCUGUUUUGAUGACGUCACCAGUCGACACGUCACUGUGAAGAUCCGAGACCUGACUGCAAAUGAUUCUGGGACAUACUGGUGCGGGUUCGACAGACGCUGGAGACCUGGCAACCAAUACACUAGGGUCUCCUUGACUGUGGGAACUGUGCCACCAUCACCACCAUCUGGUUCAGGUCUGCUUAUUCCAGUGUCCGUUAGCGUGUCAGUGGUGAUUGUCCUCGUUGCUGUAGCGAUAGCUGUUAUAAUCAUCUGGAGACGCAAAUUCAACCACAACGAGAAAAAAGGGCAAAAUAUGACACGUACAACGACCCUGGCAGGCACAAACAACAGCAGACAGGUCAUCGCUACGGAAGUCAUAUAUGAUGACGUUCCCCCCAUGGGUCUGCAUGAAAGAAUAGGUGCUGCUGAUCGGUCCUCCAUUGGAGCCAGAGCCAAUCUGCCAUCAGACCUCUCAAAUGACAAUACACACACCUACUACAACAUUAGAGAAACAACUGGGCAGGCACAGAAUGCAUCCACCUGUGAUGCCACAAUGCCUUCGGAAUUGCCUGUUUACGAUUCCGUUCCGAAUCCAGACAUGUCAGCCGACAGUGUCGCUUACGUUAGUUGCGUUUUUACAGAAAAUAAUGGGACUUCUUCUGGCUCUAAGACUGUUACAGAGGGUAAAAAGUGUAUUUAUGCCUCGAUAAAUCAUCAACAGGCCUCAAAAUAACCUCUGUCUCUCCGUCACCACGUUUGUAAAGAGCAAGGCGCAUACAUGUACGUAGCUCUCUAUUUUACACACAUUGACGGGUAUUAUAACUAUUAUGCUGUCAAUGUUUUCACAACAGUUAUUUUAUGGAAUAUCCUUCGACUAAACAUUAAAAUGGCAGAAUGUCUGUCCUGACCGCUUUGGAAAUAGGUGUUUGACGAUUUUACAUCAAAUCUUUUGGAUAGUCUGUAUCUGUAUCAUCAUAUAUCCAUAAAAACACCAAACCAAAUCAAGCCAAAAAAAAAAAUAUUCUACUUAUCGCGCCUUAGUAUGUCCUGUUGUGAGCGAUUAAGCUCACUGAACAUAUUCACACAUUUGAAAUUCAUUAUUGUGUUUUCAACCUGU